UUUGGAAGAUUUCAGAUCCUUUAAAGUCUUCGUUUUGGCAGGUUAUCCUCACAAGAUGAGUUGGUGGUGUCUUGCGGCUGUUUUAUUUUCAACUCUGAUGACUCUAGAUGCACGAAAUCGAACCGGAGUAUCACUAUUCAACAACACAUGGACCAAUGUUACCCUGGGGUCAGGUGACAUGUUGGACGUCACCCUGUCCAAUGUCAGUAUAAACACCAGCUUUGCCAUGCUGCAUGUUCACGCUGUACACAAGUCUGUGUUGGGUCAUGACCCCCAGACUACCACACCUACACAAGCGUCAACAGCUCUGAUAUCGGCCUGCUGACCCUGCUGGAGAAAGGUCAGAGUUCGGUGACCUGGUUUGUCAAUUCUACGCUAAACGAGACGGAUGGUGCUGAGGUCUGGAUGAUGGCCCUGGAAUAUAACGCUUCAGAUCCUGUUCCCGGCGCCUGUAACCAGGAGUUCCCCCUCGACAACGACCCCAACAUCCACGUCCACUACAACCUCUACGAGACCAUCCUGCAGUUCCAGUUCUCCAACAUCGGUUUCCCACGCCAGCCCAAACGCGUCCCGGAGUGUGACCGGGGUUCGUCCUCCGACCAUCGGCUGAAGUAUGACGUGUACCAGUACUACCUGCCCGAACGUGACUUCAGCGCGGUCAGUCUCGUACAGGGCCUGAAGAGAAUGACUCACCCGGCAGAUAUCACUGCACAUGGACAUCUGAUAAGAACCCUGGACAGCAAAAAGAAGCCCAACCUGACCCUGGCCUCUUUCAAAGGACAGGGAGUCAUCUACAAUGUGAUUGUACGUGAUCCCAAACUGAACACCUCAGCUUCCUACAUUCCUGUACAUACGUACGCCUGCAGCUUCACUGAUACUGUGGCUGGCUGUUUUGCAAAUAAUGAUGUAGCAAAAGCCCUAUGUACCAUGGCUGGUGUCGUGGGCCUCUUUCUGUGCUUUGCUGGACACAGAUAUUUCAAAACAGAGCUGUUUAUAUUUGGUUUCCUGGCAACCAUGCUGAUCACCUUCAUCCUCAUCUCCAUGUAUUCAGAAGAGAGUCAGGCUGUUCGUGUGGGGAUCUCCUGUAUGGUGGGAGUAGUAGGUGGGAUCCUGUGGACCCUGUUCUGGUGGAGGUUUGGGCUGGCAGUAGUGAGUGUCCUGCUGGUCGGCCUGGUGCUGGGGUACAUGUUUGCCUCCAUCAUCUUCUUCACACCAUUUGGAAACCUGAAUGUGUGGCAGAACGACUUCAACUACGGCAUGUCCUUCGCCUGUGGUAUCAUGAUCGUUCCUGUAUUUCUGCUGGCCUUCACAAAAACUUUGAGUAUCGUGUCCUGUUCCGUGGUUGGCUCAUAUGCAGUUAUCAUGGCGCUGGAUGCGUACCUGUACACCAGCCUGUCGUACAUCGCUCUCAACCCCAUCAAGAGGGCUGUGGUGCAGGACUUCAGGGUAGCCGUCAUCAGUGCACCAUUCCAAGUCAAAGAUUACAUCCUGGUGGCGCUGUGGGCCCUGCUGAGCAUCAUGGGAGCAGUGUGUCAGUUCUACCGGGAGCGCGGACGUGACGACUUCCCGCCGUGCCCGUACGAACUCUACAGGAAGAAACGGCAGAAGUCACAGCUGCAGCCAAACAUCCAGCAGCCUGACCAUCAGGACAGGGAGGAGACAGAGCCGCUGCUUAGCAACCAGGAGCCACCAACAUACGUCAUUAAUCAUGUCACAUGAUGUAGGUCAUGUGACUUACUAUUGACCAAUCACAAGUUUCAGGCCUUUGGGAACAAAUGACUAUAUCAGGUCGAGACCACUUGGAAUGUUUCAAUAUGACUUAAUAAAGUACAUUUCAAUAGUCACAAUUUUUAUGUAAAUGUUGGUUAGACCCAUUGUUACAGAGAAUGUGCAUUUAUAUUGUGCAAAGUAAAUUUUGAGAGUGGUAUUUGUAGAGUUUGGGAUAUCAUAAAAGGGAAUUAUAUUUUUUCCAUGUGAUAUGGCUUAAUAGUUUGACAUACUGUGAACAAUAUUGUUCACAGGAAGGCCCCCUGAAUUCUGACUCCUUUAUUUAGUUUUCUGAGAAAACAGAUUCGGAAAUGAUAGUUUUUGUUUGACUUAUGAGGUGAAGGGAAUGUAUGGGGGAUUUUAUGGAGUUGUAGUAGGAAAGACAAGUCAUCAAUGACAAAGUUGUCUCUAAACUUGUAGCAAAAGUCUUAUAACUGGCUGUAGAA